UCAACCGGGCCGGUUACGAUGUUGUUUAAACACGUGUAGUAAGUUGUACUCGAUCGAUGUGGAAAAAUCGAUCAUCCUCCCACCCUUUACUCACCGCCGCUGCUAUGUCCCUCCGCCCUUACAGAGGCAGCAACCGGAAUCAAUGGCGCAGCCGAAGCUUUUCAAACCACCCUCCGUAUGAUGACAACAACAGCAACCAUCAUCGUUAUCAUUCAAAUCCACCACAUACACACUAUUAUCCCCAAUUGUAUCAUCAUCCACGUGGACAAAGCUACUCAUCAUCAAAUCCGUACUACCAACAACAACAACACUUGCGUCCGAGGAAACCAGCUACCGUUUCGGAUUACCGGAAUUGGGAACAUGCCAAGCCGGGGCCGCCUCCUGCCUGUGAGAAAUUUAGAGUGGUGUCAUACAAUAUACUGGCGGACUACUUGGCCAUCAAACAUCGAACCAAACUUUACUCCCACAUCCCUCCCUAUAUCUUGGAUUGGGAGUUUCGCAAGAGAAAUAUUCUGUUUGAGUUGGGAUUAUGGUCCCCAGAUGUUUUAUGUUUUCAGGAAGUUGAUAGAUUUCGCGAUUUUGAACAAGAAUUAAACAUCCGGGGAUACACUGGUCUUUGGAAGAUGAGAACCGGUGAGCCAGUUGAUGGCUGUGCAAUAUUUUGGCGUUCAUCAAGAUUCAAGCUUUUGCAUGAAGAAGCCAUUGAGUUCAAUAAGUUUGGACUGCGGGAUAAUGUUGCCCAGAUAUGUGUUCUAGAGUCACUAAAUGAGAAAAGUUCAAUGGGAUCAUUUCCACCAGCAUGCUCUGACAGGCGUAAUAAAGUGGUCGUUUGCAAUAUUCAUGUGCUUUACAAUCCCAAAAGAGGAGAGAUUAAGCUUGGUCAGGUUAGGUUGCUUCUAGAUAGGGCGUAUGCUACAUCAAAGCUUUGGGAUGAUGCUCCUGUUGUUCUCUGCGGAGACUUUAACUCUACCCCGAAGAGUUCAUUGUACAACUUCAUAGCAGGACAAAAGUUAAUUGUAUCUGAGCUGCCUAGAGAUAAGAUAUCGGGGCAAUAUUCUGGUGAAAUUCACCCAAAAAGACAGUUUACUUCUAUUGCCAGAACUCAGUCCACUGCUAAUGCCACUCGAUCUUACAUUAGCACCCACGUUGAACCUACAAGUGCCAGUCCAGAUUUAUCUGCUAAUGUGUUUACCAAUAUGGCAAAUGAAGAUGAAAAGGCGGAUUCGCAACUUGAGACAAAGAUAGGAAGUGAGAGAAAUGUUAUCGUGUCUUCAUCUCCAAAUGAACUACAUGAAGCCAUGGAAGAAUUAUUAGUAGGCGAGGACUCUACUUCCUUCUUGUCGGAGUUACAUGGUCCUGAUGGAGCUGUUUUGGCGGACAGUAAUGAUACCUCAGAGCCUCAGGUUUUGGAUGGUUCUUUGAGCACCAAUGGUGAAGCUUUUGUAGAGGGGACCGUUUAUGACCCAUCGGGUUGGACCCCUAAGGAAAUAGAGGCUGCAACAGGCAGCUCGGGAUGCACAACUAUAGAACACCUAUUAACGCUAAGAAGCACAUAUUCUGAAAUUGAGGAUUACUCGGGAACAAGAGACACAAACGGGGAACCCCAAGUGACUAGCUACCACAGGGGUUUCCAAGGGACAGUUGAUUACAUCUGGCGAUCGGAAGGUCUCCAAACUGUCAGGGUUCUUGCUCCUAUACCUAAACAAGCAAUGCAGUGGACUCCUGGAUUUCCUACGAAGAGAUGGGGAAGUGAUCAUAUUGCGUUGGUUACUGAAUUGGCUUUCUGUAAAGAUGUGGUUGAAGAAAAAACACAAGUUCGGUAGUACACAGUUUGCAUAUGCUUUCAGGUCUGUUAGCUGUGCAGCUGUUUGAUAUACUAUAUUUAUCUUAUAUCAUGGUGAAAAAGUACGUUACCAGAACUGAAGACCUCAUACAGUACGUUUUGAGGCUUACUUCUUGGGAGCUGGAGGCAUGGUCUUGUUCGGCCAUGUGAAGAUAGUGCUCUGUUGAACAAUGUGUUUACAGUGAGACUGUGAGUUUUGACCAUGUUUGGUAAGAUGACUAAGAUCAUAUGUUAUUAAAGUUUAUGGAAUCCUACCCUCUUUUUUUUUU